GUGAACCCCCAAAACAAAACAAAAAAAAAUCCCCAAAUCCGAAUCUACGAAUCUCCGUCUCCUCCGUCGCAAUUUCCGAGGCGCAGACACAGUUAGAGAGAGAGAGAGAAUCACACCGAUGGACUCCGCAACCACGGUUAGUGGUAUCCCUCCGGCACCGACAACCACCACUGAUGAAAAUCUCCAAUCGAGCGAGUCAUCAUCACCAGCCGACGCAGUGAAUCGAUUGAUCCACGCCGUAACGCAGCGGCAACAACAUCUCCUCGACAAAACUGUGCCUCACGUUCUCUAUCGAUGGAUCGUAUGUCUCUGCGUCGUAUUGAUCUACUUUAUCCGCGUUUACUUUGUGGAAGGCUUCUACAUCAUCACUUACGCCAUCGGAAUCUACCUUUUGAACCUCAUCAUUGCUUUCUUAUCUCCUCAAGAAGAUCCUGAGGCUUCUCUUACCACCGGUGGUACUCUUCCUACUCGUAGAUCCGAUGAGUAUCGACCUUUCGUUCGCCGUCUCCCUGAGUUCAAAUUCUGGUUAUCGAUCAUAAGGGCAUUCACAAUUGGGUUUAUGAUGACGUUCUUCGAGGUGUUUGAUGUACCUGUGUUCUGGCCAAUACUUCUUUUCUACUGGGUGAUGUUGUUUUUCUUGACGAUGAGGAAACAGAUACAACAUAUGAUCAAAUACAGAUAUGUCCCUUUCUCUUUUGGGAAAAAGCAGUAUGGAAAGAAAUCAGCUCCAACAGAGAGCAGUGAAUGAAUCAAUGGAAAACUGUUCAGGUCAGCAAUUUCAAGUCUUUUGAGAGAGAAAGUAGCAGUUUUAAAAGGUCGGUCUUUUGUUUUCUUUUGGAUCGCUUACAAAUAUCUUUGUUAGGGAUGAAAGUAGAGAGAUAGACUCUCGUAGCCUGUGUCUCUAGGCAGAUUUUGCUUUUUUUUUUUUAUCAUCCUGACUAUUUUUUACUGGUUUCACCUGAUGAACAACAAUGUAUCUUAUCUGUUACAUCUCUUUCAACGAGAAUAAUAAUGUUUUGUACUUUAUACUUUUUGUAAUCAUCAUGGUUGAAACGUAGAUAAA